UGUAAUAAUCGACUAUGAUUCGCCAAUUCUUACGACUUAUAACUUACGACGCGUAUUGUAGAAUGACCUUUACAGCUCUGCCUAGAACCAUUUAUUGAACCAGAACCUCAGCCAAGGCCGUAGUCUAUAAUAGGAUAUGGCCUUUAAAAUGACAGGGGUUUUGGUAUAUGGAUAGUGCAGCGCUAACAAAUAUUGACAGAUUCUUAUAAUUUAUUAUAGUUUCUUGAGACAGGCGUCCUUUGUUUUUUAAUAUGUACCGUUUGAAUACAAUUUCUUCUACCUUGAAAUCUGUAUUGUCAAAUGUCGAUUUUAUUCGUACGGCAGCGAAUACUUUACAUAACGCUAUUUAUAAGAAUAAUUAUUUCGUGAGAUCUUUACAACCAUGUAUGCCGGUUAAAUAUCGCUGUCAUAAAAUAUUACGAGAAACUAAAAAAUAUUAUCUUCUUGCUGUGUCUUUACCUACUUUACUUAAGAGUAUCUUUCACGAUGAUGAAGAUAAAGAUGAAAAAACUUCAAUUAUUAUGGCGCUUAAACGAUCACAGUUGUUAAUAGAGAGUAAAGAAUUUGCUAAGGCGGAACAAAUGCUGCACGUAGCUUUACAUCAAGCGCAAACUGUACAAUGUUAUGAAGCAAUUACGUAUAUUUAUGAUGUAAUGGCAAAUCUCGCCUUUGAAACUGGGGAUUACCGUAAAGCAGAAACUUUGUUUACAACACUUUUGCAAAGGCUAAUAUCAAACGGAGUUUCAGAGAAUGACAUGAGAGUUAUUCAUAUAAGUUUAAAAAUGGCUUAUAUAUUUGAUCAAUCUGGAGAAACGAAGAAGGCAAAGCUAGGAUAUAUGUUUUGUCUAGAGCACUUACAGUCACACAUUGAACAAAAUCCAGAAGAUAUUGAUGCUUUAUCAUUCCUAAUUGUAACGCUUGAUUGUAAAACGCUGCAUGGUGAUAAAUAUAAGGAAACAGUACGCUUACUUCAUACAUUGGGAUAUAUAUGUUAUUUACAAGAAAAAUAUGAUGAAGCUAUGAAUUAUUUGUCAGCCGCAGUAGAAAUAGGAAAAGACUUAAAUAUUUAUGAUCUUGGUUACAUGAAUGUAAGUCUUGGGUAUGUGUUUCUGCAGAAAGGAUUAUAUAAUGAAGCAAAAAGACUUUGUCAGGAAGGUAGAAAAAUAGCUGAUAAUCAUCAUGAUAAUGAUACAUUGUCAUAUGCUGAUAAUUGUCUUAACCAAGUGAAAAAAUUACUAUCAUUGUAAAUUUUCAUGAUAUCCAGAAAUAAUGGAAUUGUAGAAAUUAUUGGAGAUUUUCCAGAGAAAGAGAGAGAGAGAACUUACAUUUAAAAUAACAUGUUUAUAUUUAACUAAAUAUUCCCAAGUAUGAGAUAUUUAUUGCAAGAAAAUGCAAUAUUUUAUAAGAUGAUCUAUUCAUGUUUUAAUAUUUAAUAAGCAGUCAUUGGUACAGGAAGUAGACAUAUUUCACUCUAAUAUCAUUUAACAAAUCGUAUGUCAAUGUUACGUAUGUGAUGGUACAAUGUGUACAUCUCCAAUAUUUAUUUUAACAUUACAUUUUAUAUGUUAUACAUCAAUUCCAAUUUGUUAUUUCAUGUGUAAUAUAAAUUUUGUUUUAUU